AUGAAGUACCUCGUUUGCGCAGUUCUUCUCGCCAUCGUUUGCGCGGUGUCGGCUCACGGGGGCGGUUGGGGUUACAGCUCCUACGGCUCCCCGUCCUACGAUGGGUACGGAGGAUAUAGCGGGUACGGAGGAUACGUCGGGUACGGAGGAUACGUCGGGUACGGAGGACACGGCGGGUACAGAGGACACGGAGGAUACGGCGGGUACAGAGGAUACGGCGGUUACGGUGGCUACGGGGGCGGCUGGAGGAGUAGCGGUUGGGGCGGCUACAAUGGCUAUUCAGGCCUGACCGGACGAGGAGGCUGGUGGUGA